ACUUGCUCGGUUCCGCCAUGACCACCGACCAUACCAUUGACACCUCCGGCCGGUGCUGCGACGUGUGCUUGGAGCCCGUCCCGCUCUGGGAGAGCGUCACCAAGCUCUGUGGUGACGUGUGUGCUGCCCACCUCUGCGUCGAGUGCACGGAGGCGUACUUUGACCACCGCCUCUCCGACUUCAUUCCCGGGCUCCUCACCAAAGUGCACUGCCCCGUCUGUCUCGUGCCGAUGCCAAAGCACAAGUACAUGCAGUACGUGCAGCCCGACCUCCUCGAGUAUGCGGCCAAGUGCGUCUUCGCCGCGUCCGAGCUCCGCUGCCCCCACUGCGACGAGUCCACGCCGUUCGUCGAAGCGUAUUCGUCGCGGGCGAUGUAUCCUCUACGCUUGCCAAAGCCGCUGCGGCAGAAGGUACCGUGGCUGCGCCGCCUCGGCACCAAGUACGUGCGCUACAAGCUCCCCGCGUCGACGCUCUUCGACUACAUUCGGUCGACGUUUUCCGACUACUACGACGUCGUGUACAUGCACACACUGCGGCUCAUCCACGACCCUGAGCGUCGCGCCACGUUUGCCAUGUACCAGCUGCACCAAACGCGGCUCGUGGUCACGCCCUGCUGCGGCAAGGCCGUUUGCUUUGGCUGCAAAACAGCAGGCCACCACGAGAUCUGCGACGAUGGCGAAGCGUCGGAGCGCAACACCGUCGUGCUCUGUCCCGAGUGCAGCAUCCCGAUCGUGCGCGGCGACGGCUGUGACUCGAUCAAGUGCGUCUGUGACACGUACUUUUCAUGGCAGGAGCAAGUGUUUGUCGCCGAGGAGCGCAGCCGCAACGCUCGCUUGCAGGCGGUGCUGCGCCUGCCCCACGGGGCGCGCGUCCUGAAGCGUGUCGUCGAGUACUGCCGGCAUCUCGUGUGGCGCAGCCGGUUCCUCGAUGUCGUUUGGCACCUCAAGGUCCGUCGCUUCCGUAGCGUUGCGUGGCCUGUGCUCGCACCUCUGCUCCGCGCACGCGUCCAACACCGCCGGUUCACGGCUGUGCUGGACGAGCUCCGGUCGACGGUGCGCCACCGCGCUCUCUGCCGCGAAAUCCACGCGCGAGUCUGCCGCAUCGACGCGGCCAAGACGACAAUGGGGCUCGUCUUGCACGAGAUGCGCAUCGUCGUCAGCGAUUGCACGGCACGACCUUGCGUUCCUCCUGCUGCCAAGACCGAGCCCGCCGACGACACGACUAAGGCGCCCGUCGACUGUGUCAUGGCGGCCAUGGCCUAGCUCCAUUUU